UAUACACAAACAAUUGUCAUAGAUAAAACAACAUAUUUUGAAGAAAAUAUAUACAUAUAUGUAAAAAAAUAUAUGCAUCAACUAUAUCAAUUUGAUAUGAUGAAGGGAACAAUAGGCCAGGAACGGUAGGCACUUUUGUGCUCUUAUGCACGCCCCUUAUAAAAACUUCUUGUUUUUUCUUUGAAGACAUUUCGCUGAAGAAGCUUCUUGGAUGAGAAGCGAAAAGUCUUCAAAGAAACACCAGAAAGUCCAGUUGGCCCUUGAAAAGGCACCUUUUUUGUUACCCCUUUUUUAGAAACGCAACGAAACAGCCCGGAACGACUCCAGUUACAGCGCUCGCUCUCCCAGGUCAAUACCCUCCAAUACUUAGGGGCCGCUGCUUCGCACUUUCUUGGGACCGAUUUUCUCUACUUGCCGCAGAAUCUCUUUGACGCAGGCGCGGUAUGAGCACAGGAGGAUGUUUUUGUCUGGUGACGUAGAGGACGAAGGCUGUAGAGGUCGUGUUUCCGGGGCUGUGAGAUUCCGCGUGGGUUGUUUCCUGCUUCGAGCAGUAACUGCUCCGUAAGGCAAGAAGCUGCUGAUGGAGUCUGUCUGUAGUACUGCAGGGGAACCAAAGCUCAGACAUGUAGAAAAGGAUAUUUUGAUUCCAAAAAUAAUGAAAGACAAAGCCAAGGAGCUGUGUUCUGAACAAGUGAAAGAACUCCAGAAAAUUGAAGUCCAUUUGGAUUAAAAGAAGCUCACUAUAUGGAUUCCAUCUGCAUUCUUCUGAUUGACUGACAAUGAAGCAAAAUCAGCUUCUUUCAUAAGACGCUUUUUAAUAUCUUCAUAAGCAGUGACAAGGGCAAAAUGUGAAGCAACUGAUUCUUCUCCUGAAAACACUGGAAUAGGAAAUUGUCCAUCUUGUCUGUGAAGGGGAAGGAUACGACAUCACCCAUCUCCAGGCCUCAACACAGUCCUUUCAGCAGUUCCAGGAAGGUUCUGCACUUAUUUCCACUCUGAUUCAGAGUCUUCAAAUCUGACUUUAUAAGCUUCUAUUUGCUACUUAUGCCAGCCAUUCUGUGUGAGAGGGAACAAAUAUUCUACAAACUAGAAGAGUAAUGAACUGUUAUAUGGAUUCUGUAAAAGAAAAUAAUUUUUACAUAGGUAAAGUGUGGAUACAGUGUGAGAACAGAAGCUGUUUAAAAUGGAGACUGUUACUGCAAAAUGAUGUAGGAAAUAUUGAUUCUAAUGCACCAUGGUACUGCUAUAUGAAUAUUGAUCCGCAGUUUAAUAAAUGUUCUGUUGCUGAAGAAUAUUUUCCCAAGGAGUCUCAAUUUCAAAAACAUGGAUUAAAAUAUAUUUAUUCAAAGUUUCCAUUAGGAAGCUUGGUUCUGGCAAAAAUGAGAACAUGGCCAAGAUGGCCUGGUAUUCUUUCUCCUGAUCCAAUUGAUGGACAGUAUGUGAAAUAUGAUUUUAAUGGAGAUGUUGAAAGUCAUCAUGUAGAGUUUCUGGGGAAUCCCCAUUCCAGGAGUUGGACUGCCAUAAAAUACAUUGAUCCUUAUCCUAGUUCAUUUAAGGCAGAUGUAUCUAGGAAGAAAAAAGCCUGGUAUGAAAGUGCAUUGGAAGAGGCAAACAAAUUACUUGCAUGUUCUAUUCAGCAAAGGCUUGACAUAUGCUACCUAUCAAAAAAAGAGGAAAAAACAGUAUGUAACCUAUGUCUCCAACCUAUCAAAAACAGCACCAUAAAAAACAGAAUAGGAUUACAAGUUAAAAUAGUGAAGAAAAUGGCAGAUGUAUCUAGGAAGAAAAAAGCCUGGUAUGAAAGUGCAUUGGAAGAGGCAAACAAAUUACUUGCAUGUUCUAUUCAGCAAAGGCUUGACAUAUGCUACCUAUCAAAAAAAGAUACAGUAAAUGACAAAGACGCCCAAAGAAAAACUGAUAAAAUAGACUGUAGAAAAAUGAUUAAAAGAUGUACAAAAAAAUGUGGGAAGAAAACUAGCUGCAGAAAUGAAAGAAAGCAAAGAAUGUUAACAUAUCCUUGCAAAAUAGCAAGGUCAGAAGAUAUCCUAUCAAAAGAAAGCCUAGUUGUAACAGAGACAAAAAUUAUACUGAAAGACUUGGAUCAAAUUCUUAGUCAAGCAUUAGUCACCUCCAAACCUUAUUUGGAAUCAUCUGGGAAUGGAGAGGACAAUAAUGAAAGAGAAAAGAUACUUAACUGCUGUUUAGAAGUUAGCGAAGAAAGAAGACCAAUGGAAAUCAACACUGAAGAAGACUGUAUUAUAAUUGACGGGAAAGCUCUCGUGGCUGGACAAUGCAUAGAGAGUAUAACAGAACAGUUUAAAGAAAUAGAUUCUUUAAUGGCUGACUUCCAAGGCAGCUUGUAGCACCAAUAAGAGAGAAUCUGCUAUAUUGUUUAUAGCUUUAGAAAACAUCCUUUUUCACAUAUAGUGGGAGAAUCUUAAAAGUAGUUCAACAAUAUAGGUUACAUGGAGUUAGAUUUACUUUAACAAGGGGUUAUAUUUGUUGCUAAAAUUUAUUCCCAUGUAGUCCAUAUUACUGUAUAAAUAUGAUAAGUGAAAGUUAAUAGCAAU